AACAACUGCGUAAGGGGCGUGGCUAUAAUUAGGGGAGGGGCUGGGCGAAGAUUGCCCUAUGAGGCGAGGGAAUGAGACGUGGCUGCGAGUUGGGGAUAGGGUUUCUCUUUGGGGGCGUGGCUUAUGGAUCCUCGUUUUCCCGCCGACGGUUGGCCACGUCACGUGACAUGGGUUGGAAGAUGGCGUCUCCCACAGACGGGACAGAUCUGGAAGCAUCUUUACUAAGUUUUGAAAAACUUGACCGUGCCUCACCAGAUCUUUGGCCAGAACAAUUACCAGGUGUUGCUGAAUUUGCAGCUUCCUUCAAAAGUCCUAUUACUAGUUCUCCGCCCAAAUGGAUGGCUGAGAUAGAACGUGAUGACAUCGACAUGUUGAAAGAACUGGGGAGUCUCACCACGGCUAAUUUGAUGGAGAAGGUACGAGGCCUACAGAACCUAGCCUAUCAGCUGGGGCUGGAUGAGUCCAGAGAGAUGACACGGGGGAAAUUCCUCAAUAUUCUAGAGAAGCCCAAGAAGUAGCAGCUGCUUGUGGACAGGAUGUCCUGGGUUUCGAAACCAAGCUGCCUUCCCGGUGCACCUCUAACAAUGCACACCUCACUGCUUGCUUGGGAGAGACCAGAGGGUGUACCUCCAGGACUACUCUCUCCCCUGUUCCUGGCACUCUGCGCGUCUGAGGACAUUCAGCAGCAAGAGAAGAAUCUGCUGUACCCAAGGAUCAUUGCAGUUACUCAAUCAGCUUUCAGACUUGAACCUUCUUAGCCUCGGAUAUUGGUAACAGCUGAGGGCAUAUCAUUCUUAAAGGUCAAAGUCCUGCUUUCUCAUUUCUGGAAGUGAUUCAGGAGCCCCAGGAUCUUACGGUUGAUUUGACUCAGUCAUGGCAGUCAGUUGUGACAUGUUGAUUGGAUGGGUUCUUUUGAAUUGUUCUUGAUCUCUUAGGAAGUGUUUUUGAUUCAAGGAGACCAGAGACCAACUAGAUUCUGGACCAGACCAUGCAGCCUGACCUGUGAACUCUCCAGUAUAUACUAAGUUCCCAGAAUCCCCAGCUGGAGAAACCAGAAUCUUCUUGAAAUGUACAUCUGUUUUUUAAAACUUCUGUACCUCUUAUGAUAGUCCCAUUUGCUUUUCAUUCCUUACUUCCCAGCCCCACCUUCCAGUUCUGACUUCAGGCAGAGGGAUCCCUGAGUCCCUCCUGGAAUUAGCUUGUAUAAUGAAAGGCUCAUCCAAGGUUGCCUUGGGUUCUAGAUCUAAAGACCAAUGUGGGCCGGGCGCGGUGGCUCAAGCCUGUAAUCCUAGCACUUUGGGAGGCCGAGACGGGCGGAUCACGAGGUCAGGAGAUCGAGACCAUCCUGGCUAAUAUGGUGAAA